CACGAUCCGGUACUCCUUCGCUUACCGAGGAUCAUCAGUACGACACGUGUCGGGUGCCUCAACUGACGCUCCUCGUCCUUAUCCGCUUGGCCACCACUACGGCCUGACGCUUGAAGAAGCGUUCGUUUCUCAUCUGUUACAUUCCUACAAUUGGAACCACCACCAUGGACAGCGCACUCUUUGAACCAUCAUUGUAUGUUGUGAAGGGGAUGGUGAUCAUGGACAAUGAUGGAAAUCGCCUCCUGUCAAAGUACUAUGACAAGAAAACAUUCCCAUCAGUGAAAGAACAGAAGGUCUUUGAGAAGAGCCUUUUUCAGAAAACUGUCAGAGCCAAUUCAGAAAUCAUCAUGCUUGAUGGACUCAUUUGCCUCUACCGAUCCAAUGUUGAUCUCUUCUUCUACAUUAUGGGAAGUGCCCAGGAAAACGAGCUGAUGUUGCUGUCUGUCCUGAACUGCCUGUAUGAUUCUGUGAGUCAAAUUCUGAGAAAAAACGUAGAAAAGCGCACUCUGCUUGAAAACCUGGAUGUGGUCAUGCUGGCAAUGGAUGAAAUUUGUGAUGGAGGGAUAAUAUUGGAAGCUGAUGCAAACUCAGUGGUGGAAAGGGUUGCCCUAAGAACGGAAGACAUUCCCCUCGGUGAACAAACAGUUGCACAGGUACUCCAAUCUGCAAAGGAACAGCUGAAGUGGUCCCUCUUGAAGUGACAUGGUGGGAAGAAUACAAUUCAUCUCGCUUUAUUCUCUUUGGAAGGUGAAAGUUUUUAUUGCAAACAAAUGAAGUUAUAAAACUAUUUAAUCCCUCCGUA